CGUCCCUCUUCUGCUCUCCUACCGACGUGUCAGUCCUCUUCUGUCCGCUGCUGAGAGUUAGUUAGCCGGUAGGACACUCCUAACCCCGUUAUGGCCCCAAAAGUCAGCAACAAACAGCAGUCAGAAGAAGACCUGCUCCUGCAGGACUUCAGUAGAAACCUGUCGGCGAAGUCCACCGCGCUAUUUUACGGAAAUGCGCUCAUUGUUUCUGCCAUCCCCAUCUGGCUUUUUUGGAGGAUUUGGCACAUGGAUCUGGUACAGUCUGCAGUCCUGUAUGCUGUGAUGACGCUGGUCAGCACCUACCUGGUGGCCUUCGCCUACAAAAACGUCAAGUUUGUUCUCAAACACAAAGUUGCUCAGAAACGCGAGGAUGCCGUUUCCAAGGAGGUGACCAGGAAGUUGUCAGAAGCCGACAAUCGUAAAAUGUCCCGCAAGGAAAAAGACGAGAGGAUCCUGUGGAAGAAGAACGAGGUGGCCGACUACGAGGCCACCACCUUCUCCAUCUUCUACAACAACACUCUCUUCCUGGUGCUUGUCAUCGUCGCAUCGUUCUUCCUGCUCAAGAACUUCAACCCCACUGUCAACUACAUCCUUUCAAUCAGUGCUUCUUCUGGACUGAUUGCUCUGCUGUCCACUGGCUCCAAGUAGAAGAGGAUGAUGAUGAUUCAGCGUUGGGUUAAAUAGUUUUUCACUCGAGUUCUGUUAAAUGGGAGGCGGAAAUAUCACAUUUCAUUUUCAUGAAAUUCAUGAUCAAUUUUCUGGAGUGUCUUCUUCCAGGUGUCUGCUCUUUUUUGUAACAAUAAACAUGACAAGUGAUAUUUGA